ACUUGGCUGCCAAUGCCGGCCGCUUUCUAGAAACAAGCGGUCCUCUCUGCUCUUAACAUAUGUAAUAUUUCCAUAAACUCGCCAACAAACUGUUUUUCUUCCUCUAACUUUCUCUUAGCGCGGAAGCAGAAAAAGUCCCCCGUGUUGCUUCCCAAGUAACAUGGAAGCUCGGCGGAAAGACAGCAAGGAUAAUCCGUUGGUAAAGGCUAAUCUUCUUUCCAAGAUUUUCUUCUGUUGGUUAAAUCCCCUCUUCAGGAUCGGCUACAAGAGGAGACUGGAAGAAGAUGACAUGUACAAGGUUCUCCCCGAGGAUGCUUCUGACAGACUUGGGGAUGAGUUACAGUGGUACUGGAACCAGGAAGUCAAGAUGGCAGCAAACGAUAUGCGGCAACCCAAACUCACCAGAGUCCUUAUAAGGUGUUACUGGAGAGCGUAUGUCGUCAUAGGAGUAUACAUCUUUAUCGAGGAAGGCAUCAAAGUCCUUCAGUCGUGGUUACUUGGGAAGCUAAUUGAGUACUUUGAGAAUCCUGACGCCACAUCCCCAGCUGCAGUCUAUGAGGCCUACAGCUACGCCGCCGGCAUCUCGCUGUCCACCAUCUGGGUGGCUGUGCUCCACCAUCUUUAUUUCUACCACGUACAAAGAGCGGGCAUGAAGAUUCGCGUGGCAAUGUGUCACAUGAUCUAUCGUAAGGCUCUCAGUCUAAACAAUGCAGCGCUGACAAAGACGACGACGGGACAAAUUGUGAAUCUACUCUCCAAUGAUGUCAACAGAUUCGACGAGGUAACAUUGUAUCUACACUUUCUGUGGGUUGCCCCCUUGCAAGCAGCCAUGGUGAUACCGCUGUUGAUGUACUGGAUCGGCCCAUCAUGCUUGGCGGGAAUGGCCGUCUUCUUAGUUCUGAUCCCAGUGCAGACCGCGUUUGGAAGAUUGUUUUCCACUCUGAGGGCGAAAACCGCUGUCCUGACUGAUAAUAGGAUACGCACAAUGAACGAGGUCAUCACUGGGAUCCGUGUUAUAAAGCUGUGUGGCUGGGAGAAACCUUUUGCUGCUCUUGUGGAUGAAGUCAGAAGAAUGGAGAUCUCCACAAUAAUGAAAAGCUCCUACCUGCGUGGCUUGAACAUGGCGUCCUUCUUCGUGGCCAGCAAGCUCAUAAUCUUCAUCACCGUUUGCGUCUACGUGCUAACAGGCAACCAGCUGUCUUCCAGCACCGUCUUCAUGGCCGCUUCCCUCUACGGCGCCAUCAGACUCACCAUCACGCUUUUCUUUCCCUUUGCCAUUGAGAAGGUGUCAGAAUCCCUCAUUAGCAUCCGAAGAAUUAAAAAUUUUCUCCUUCUGGAUGAAGUUGCUCCUCAGCAUUUGGGACUUCCUGUGGCAGAGAAGAAAGACUGUAUGCUGAAGAUUCAGGAUCUGAUAUGCUACUGGGACAAGAUUCAAGAGGCUCCAACAUUGCAGAAUGUGUCCUUCACCGUGAGGCCCGGUCAGCUGCUCGCUGUAAUCGGUCCCGUUGGAUCGGGGAAGUCUUCGCUCCUCAGCGCCAUCCUGGGAGAGCUGAGUCAGGAAAGUGGCGUGAUCAAAGUCAAGGGGGAUCUCACCUACACCUCGCAGCAGCCCUGGCUUUUACCUGGCACCAUCCAAAGCAACAUUCUCUUUGGCAAAGCGCUCAACUGCCAGAAAUACAACAGAGUCCUGAGAGCCUGUGCCCUGAAGAGAGACAUGGAGCUCUUGCCAGGAGGCGACUUGACACCGGUCGGAGACAGAGGGGCCAACUUGAGCGGAGGACAGAAAGCCAGGAUCAGCUUAGCUAGAGCAGUGUACCAGGAUGCAGACAUCUACCUCCUGGAUGACCCUCUCAGUGCUGUGGAUGCCGAAGUGGGCAAGCACAUCUUUGAAGAGUGUAUUUGUGGACUUUUGAGGAACAAGCCGUGUGUUCUCAUCACUCACCAGCUGCAUUAUCUCAAGGCUGCGCAUCAAAUUAUUGUCUUAAAAGAGGGUCAAAUGGCGGCAAGCGGGACCUACAGUGAGCUGCAGAACUCCGGUCUGGACUUCUCCUCGCUCCUCAAAGAAGAAGAGAGUCCAGAGGAGAGACGGAGCGCGACUCCCACGCCGGGCAACACCCGUACGCUCUCUGACAAUUCCAUAUCUUCCCUGUCCUCCUCCCACUACUCUCUGAUGGAAGAGGAGCCACUCGCACUGGCAGCACAGCCCACGGACGAGGAAAGGCGCUCACAGGGGAACAUCGGCCUGCAAAUGUAUACGAAAUAUUUCAGAGCAGGCGCUAACUUUAUGGCACUCUUCCUUCUCAUUAUACUCAACGCUCUUGCACACGUGGCAUUUGUGCUUCAGGACUGGUGGCUUGCUUGUUGGUCCUCCAAGCAGCAACAGCAACAGCAGCAACAGCAAAAGCAGCAAUAUGUGCACAUAACACAACACCUCAAUAGCAGCCUCCCCGCAGAACCGGACCUUGACCUGUACCUAAGUGUUUACGCAGGUUUAACGGCCACAUCCGUGCUGUUUGGCUUCGUUCGCAGCUUGGUCUUCUUCAACAUCCUGGUGAAAUCAGCCCAGACGCUUCACAACCGCAUGUUUGAUGCCAUACUCCGGACCCCUGUGCACUUUUUUGAAAUUAAUCCCAUUGGAAGAAUCCUCAACAGGUUUUCCAAAGACAUCGGCUACCUGGACUCUCUGCUGCCGUGGACGUUUGUGGACUUCACCCAGGUUUUCCUGCAGGUUAUUGGCGUGAUCGUAGUGUCCUCCAUUAUCAUCCCCUGGAUCCUCGUCCCGUUUGUUCCUCUUCUCGCCGUCUUCCUGUGUCUGCGACGCUACUUCCUUCAGACUUCCAGAGAUAUCAAGCGUCUGGAGGCUACCACUCGGAGUCCUGUCUUCUCCCACCUCUCUUCGUCCCUCCAAGGCCUGAGCACCAUACGGGCUUUUAAGGUUCAGGAGAGGUUCCAGAAGAUGUUUGAUGACUAUCAAGACCUUCACUCAGAGGCCUGGUUCCUGUUCCUGACUACCUCGCGAUGGCUCGCUGUACGUCUCGACGGGAUCUGUUCUAUUUUCGUGGCCAUUACUGCUUUCGGAUGUCUUUAUUUCAGGGACGAAAUGGACCCCGGUGCAGUCGGCUUGGCUCUGUCUUAUGCGGUGACGCUGACCGGCAUGUUUCAGUGGGGCGUUAGGCAGAGUGCAGAGAUUGAGAACAUGAUGACAUCCGUGGAAAGAGUUGUGGAGUACACAGAACUUAAGAGUGAAGCAGCCUGGGAGACUGACACAAUGCCACCCCCCGAUUGGCCAAAGAGAGGCUUCAUCACUUUUGACUCGGUCAACUUCUCCUACAGUGCCGAUGAUCCGUUGGUCCUCAAGAACCUCACUCUCGUCUUCACAUCCACGGAAAAGGUGGGCAUUGUGGGGCGAACCGGCGCUGGUAAGAGCUCUCUGAUGUCGGCCUUGUUCCGCCUGGCAGAACCCGAGGGCAGGAUAGUGAUUGAUGGUUUCAGGACAUCUGACAUAGGUCUGCAUACUCUUCGUCAGAGGAUGUCCAUCAUACCGCAGGACCCAGUUCUCUUCACGGGCACCAUGAGGAAGAAUCUGGACCCUUUCAGGCAGCACACAGAUGAGGACCUGUGGAAUGCACUCCAAGAGGUGCAGUUGAAGGCCGCGGUGGAGGAACUGCCCAAUAAGUUGGACACCAUGCUGACCGAGUCGGGCUCCAACUUCAGCAUGGGCCAGAGGCAGCUGGUGUGUCUUGCCAGGGCCAUCCUGCGGAAAAACCGCAUCCUUGUCAUCGAUGAGGCCACGGCCAAUGUGGACCCAAGAACCGACAGCCUGAUCCAGCAGACGAUCCGGGACAAGUUUCAAGACUGUACCGUGCUAACCAUCGCUCACAGGCUCAACACCAUCAUUGACUGUGACCGAAUCCUGGUUCUGGACGCGGGCAAGAUUCAGGAGUACGAUGAGCCUUACACGCUACUCCAGAACAAGGAGGGGCUCUUCUAUCAGAUGGUCCAACAGACCGGCCCAGCAGAAGCUGCCUCGUUGCUCCACACGGCCAAACAGGUUCACGUGAACAAACGGCGACUGGGAGACUCGUGCCGCCUCAAGGAUGUCGGUGUCGUCUUUGAGACGUCGCUUUGACACUUUGGAGAGUAGCUUUGACCUCCGCCGCGAUCGCCGUUACAGACCAAGCCCUCGCGGGAAUAUUUAUUUAUUUCACUGUACUUCGGAAUGUUUAUUCGGCUGCUGCAUUCGAUGCACUCGAGUUAAAAACAAACCGCGGGGCUGUGCCUUUAUUGAUAGCGUGACUGUUGAUUGAUCGCAUAAUGUAUGUGCUCUCUGGGGCCUCUUGGGGGGCUUCAAUCCUGUGGCGGUGCUUUAAAGAGUGCACAUAUUGAAUGUAUUUAUGCCCGUGCACUAAAUUAAUGGUGACUUUCAUUAUCCUGUUUUAGCUUAUCUUGGCAUUAUUUUCAAAAUCACGAGGCUAAGAGUAUCUCUACUUAUUGUGCCUGCUUCUCCUUUCGUGUUGUGUUUGCUGUCUUCUCAGUAAAUUGGUCUUCCUGCACUUUGAAUAAAGCAACCAUACUCUACCUCAGCUCAAAUGUUGCUAAAAUGUCAUCUGCCUUGCAACCCCCAUCACUUAAAAGUCAUGAUGCGUUCACUGACAGACAAGCAUACUUCCAAACAUGGACGCCAGGACCUCAACAAAUCAAAAUAAUAUCAAACACAUAACUUUAAAAAUAAACAAAAAGGUGAUUUGCACCACAAAUGAGCCUCAUGCAUGAAAAAGUGUAAAAAGAAGUCAACCACUAUAAUCGUAAAAACACUCUUUUUUUUUUAAAUUGCCCUUCUGGGAUAAAUAAACUAUUUGAAAGUGAAAACCUUAAAAACGUAACUAUGAUAAAACAUAUGGGCAUAUGCAUGGUGACGCUGCUAACUCCGUAAAUUUUAGCGUCGAGUCUUCGCUCGUUUAUCGUGCUUCGUUGGUUCCAGACCCGACUGCAAUAAUAAAUGUUCAUAAAAAUAAUAAAGUGUUAAUAAACUAAAUAUUGUCAUAGCUGGAGCACGGAAAACCUGUUUGACUUUCUAAAUACAUUUUUAAAACGUUAUUAGAGCUCUGUAGACAUGAAAUAACACCCCUAUGCUCACCUGGCUUCAACCUUAUUUGACGUUGAGACACAAUUUUUUCAGUGCAGAGUACCCUGGGGCCCUUUAAAUAUUAACAUUUAUAGAUUUCAUUGAUCUCAUUAAUUUGUUUUCAAUAAUAAAUCAAAUCCGCUCACAGUUUAACAAGCUAACAAGCUAACAAGCUAAAACCAAAUGUUGCUCUGAUGUGUUUGAUGAAAUCAGGAUUGUACUUAGGUAAAAAUAUGGACUUUUAGUGGGGACUGGCAACACUUUUGUCGUCAUAUUUUUAUUUUAAAAACAUGUCCAUUGCUAGUUGCUAGUUGCUAGUCUGGUCGUACCGAGCGUCUAAUGGAUAACAUACUGUAGCAUAGCGGCUAGCCUAUCUCUACCUACUUACACAGUCCCACAACCCUCGUGACCCACUAGUGCAAAACUCAAAGUUUUUUGCGGCCAUUUUGGUGGUGCUUGAUGCCACGGCUCUACGGUUAAGAAUCACUGGUUUAGACCAUGUUGAGCAACUCUUAUGCUGCAGGGAUGCGAGAAGGAUGCUAGCUACUAAGUUGGCGAGCUAACCAGUUGAACUCAAAUUUAUUUCUAAGAAGCAAAAAAAUUACCACUUCCACACAUAAUGGGAGGAGUACUGUUUUUCAUCAUCUCUAUCAUCAUGUCGGACAUGCCAUGGUUGGCUUCACUACCCGAACAACUUUUAACAACGCAAACAGGAAGUUACUCUUACUACUUGAGGCAGGUGGUGUUGUAGGUUCGUUCGGCUAGUUGUUUAAAAUGCAUAUUGGAAUGCUUUUCUUUUCAAUAUGGACACCUAUUUUUGUGCACUUUUUUUACUGUUUGCUAUAGCACAUUGUAAUAAAAGUGGCAUUCCUUUGACGUUUGCAUACUGUCU